AUGUCUUUAGCAAGGAACAGACAGAGUCCACCGCCUGAGCAAUUAUGGAAAUCUUGGGAUCGGAAAGCGCGCAAACAAGGCCUCCAUGCAACGGUCUAUUCAGCUGAUGGAUCACAAUAUAAAGGAGAUUGGCAGAAAGAUAAAAGACACGGUAAAGGUGUUUAUGUGUGGAAAUCAACAGGAGACUUUUACGAGGGAGAUUUUGCUAACGGAACGCGAACUGGUUUUGGAACACUAACUGUUAAAGAUGCGAAUGGAAAAUUUCAACGACAAUAUGCAGGUGGAUGGAAAAAUGAUAAGAAACAUGGCUAUGGAAAUCUAUUCUUUUCGGACAAUGAACAUUAUGAAGGUGAAUUCUAUGCUGAUAAACGAAAUGGUUGGGGAAGAAUGUUUUAUGCUGAUGGAUCAACUUAUGAAGGACAAUGGCUUAAUGAUAAGCGACACGGAACUGGAAUGUUACGUUUACCGAAUGAUAAUCGUUAUGAAGGCGAAUGGCGUGACAAUAAGAAACAUGGACAAGGUAAAUUCUUUUAUGUUACUCGUGGACAACUUAUGGAAGGUUUAUGGGUUGAUGAUAUCUGUAAAGCAAGUGAAAUGAAAGACUUUGGACGCGAUCAAGCCAUUAUACCAACUCCGUAUCCGAUUCCUGAUUUAUCAUUGGCUAAUCCAGAUGAAGUUUUGACUGAAGCAAAAGAAUCAUUUACAGAGACAGAUGGAUAA